AUGAAUAUUGUUUUGUUUCUACUAUUGUUUCCUCUUGUAUCCACCAAAAGGUACUGUACAACAUGGCAUACAAUUAAAUCUGGAGAUACUUGUUGGAAAAUUGCCUCGGAAGCUUCAAUUAGUGUGCAGGAACUAGAAGGGUUAAAUUCAAAAAAGAGUUGUGCCAAUUUGGCAGUUGGUGAUAAGAUGUGUCUAGCUGUAUCAGAAGUAAAACCGAGGUGCGGAAAGAAGCAAACAGUUAAAGCAGGCGACACCUGUUACGUCAUAAGGUCGUCUUUAGGAUUGUCAGAACAAGAAUUCACCGAAAUGAACGAAGAGUUGGAUUGCAACAGAUUGGCAGUGGGAAAUGAAAUCUGUGUGUCAAUUGGAACAGACCUUGACCCAGAUGUGAAUUAUUACACCACAACCCUACCAACCCUACCAACAACUACCAGAGCAAAAUGUUUGAAAAAAAUACAUGUGAAAGAAGGCGACACUUGUUAUACAAUAUGGACAUCUCAACACUUGACUGAAAAGCAGUUCAUGGACAUGAAUGAAGAAUUGAAUUGUGGAAUGUUGGAAAUUGGAAAUGAAGUUUGUGUUGAUGGUGGAUUAAUAGAUGUAGAGAACGGCAAUGCACCGCUUCCAAUGAUUGAAACGCCUGAGAUAUGCUCUGAAUACGCGACCGUAACUCCGGGAAGUUCCUGUUAUACGAUAUCUGCAAGUUAUGGAUUGAAUCUGGCUGAACUUCAAACAACGUAUAACUGCGACGCUCUACAAGUGGACGACACGAUUUGUGUCUCGAAAAAAUUCAGUUGUCAGCAUCGCAUAGAAAUUUUGAAUGGGGACACAUGUGGAUUCCUUGAGAACGCUUUUCAGACAAAUAACACUGAAAUGGAAAUCGCAAAUGAAGGUGUGAAAUGUGAUAACCUUCCGAUUGGAAGAAUGAUGUGUGUAUGGUCGGCUGAUGAUAGGAAGCUUCCGAAUAUGACUUGCACCGAGUGGAAAACUAUCACUGAUGACUCUUCUGACUGCUACAGUGAAGCUAAGAAGUUAUCAAUUACCAUUGAUUUGUUCAAGUUCUUGAAUCCAAGGGUGAAUUGUGUCAAUCGACAGAAAAUCUUGAGAGGCUCAAGAAUCUGUAUAAAGUCUCAAUCUACAAAACCAUGUACAUAUUUCCAAAUGGUCAAUCAGUUCCAGUCUUGCGAGGACAUCAUGCAACGCAGUCAGAUUAGUAUGAGAAAGUUAUUAGAGUUGAAUCCAACAUUCCGAUGUGAUAAAAUGGCAAAAUAUGAACAGAUUUGCCUUGGAAUCGGUCCUUUCAGACAAGAACAAUGCAUUUCUUCACGACGAGUCACUCCUGAAAAUGAUAAUUGUGACAAAAUAAUGAGACCUACUGGGUUAAGUCGAGAACAAAUUGAAGCUCUAAACCCGGAAGUAAAUUGUUGGGAAUCUUUUGAAUGGGGAACCUUGAUAUGUACAGCGAGUUUGGGAGUGGACACGAAAAAUGCUCAGAAUUUGGUGGUGACAAGUUUAAAAGAUGUUAGUCCAGAACUUGCAAGAAAGUAUGAUAUUUACACCUCCAAUCCAACCGAGGCAGCGGAAAACGAUAUGAAUGAACAGUUGGUUCGUGACCUGCAAAAUCCGAAUGUCAAUUCAAAACUCAAAGAACUUUAUAAAUCGGAUGAGAGAAUAAGAAAAAUUCUAGAUAGUCAACAUCCACUACCAAGGCAAUCAUAUUGUGACGAAAUUCAAAAAACCACAAUGGGCUACAACAUCAAAAGCUGCUACUGUGGAAAUGAAGAACUUUUGAUAUAUUGCCAAGUCUUGGUUUCGAAUUUCAUGACUGAAGGAGAAGAUUUCAAUGAAGAAUCACAAAAUGUGACUACACUGCGAGCAUUUAGAUCAAAACGAGGUGUAGGCUGUAAUUUCAAUCACCCCUUUUCCGGAGAGGAUAGUCUUGAAUAUUUCACAAAAAUUCAUGGAGGAUGUUUCGGAGGCGGUUGCUCAUUUCCGGUUGGCUUUCUAGAAAUCAGCAUUGACGCAGACAUUUGCGCACCUCUAAUCAGUUUUGGCAUUGACUCACUGAGUUACUGCACGAAGGAUGGCAACGAUUGCAAUCAAGUGGACAAGGGAGAUGCCCCCGGUCUUAAAUUUCUCACCGAGAGAAAAGUUGGUGGUAAAUUCAGUCUAUGUGCAAUUGGUUCGAAGUUGGUUAAAAUAUUGUCAAAAGGUGGAGUGAGCCUGUGUUGGGACAUCGUGGCCACCGACUAUUAUGGUUUCGUCGGAAAACUGAGCAUAUCUUCGGAUCUUAACUUAAUUGCUUUUGAUCUGGAAGGUGGGGCGGUGAUGAAAGUUCACGGUCUUGCAUUCCCAGAAAUUUGUGAUCGUGUAGACUUUGAGUGCGAGGACUAUUGCAUAUGGAAAAAUAAAAAUUGGGAAAAUGGGAAAGCAUACGGAUUUUUUAAUUUCCGUCUUCUCAAAGUAUUUGGAUUCGAAGGUAUCAAAAUAUUCAGCGAAACAUUUGAUGCUCCAAAACGUGUUGGAUGUGAUGCUGGAAAAGAGGCUGCGGUGGUGAUAAGAAAUGAGAGAACUUGUAGAGAUGAUCAAGAUAGAGAUGUUGAGAGAAGAUGUUGGAGUGGUGAUGAUAUGAUGAAUUGGGAGUUUCUUCAAUUGGAGUGGGGAUUUGCUUUCAAGCCGAAGCCAUUUGGAGGAACUCUUUUUGUUUGCGAAUUUAUUGAUAGACAUGAACAGAAGAUUGGAUUUGACGUGUAUGGCGGUAAAUCAAAAAACAAAGGGAAAAAUACUUUCUACUAUGCUGUAAGAAAUGAUGGUAUCUAUUUUGGAACUGAAAAGUACAAAGAGGAUCAACUAAUGGGAUCUUGGGACAAUGUCUGUGAGGAAGACAAAGAAUCAGAAGAUGAUAGCUCGACAGCAGAUUCUGCAGAACCGACCGGAUCGAGCUCAGUGCCAGCAGCUUCCUGUGGCAAACGAAUUGUUGGGUACUAUACAGGAUGGGGAGAACGUGAAAUCACUGAAAACCAACUCAAGAAAUUAACUCACGUUAUUUUCGCAUUUGUCGCAAUGUAUGCUGACGGAAGUGUGAAGUUUGGACCUGUAAGUGCAGAUGAUCCAGGGCCACAAGCAGGGAAAAAGGCAGAGAGAAGAUUUGUGGAUAUGAAAAAGAAAGCGAGAGCUGUAAAUUCUGGAGUUCGAGUUCUUUUUGCCGUUGGUGGCUGGGAUAACUCUCAGUACUUCUCUUCUGUUGCUGCAGAUUCCGGGAAGAGAAGGAACUUUGUUGAUUCCGUGGCGUCAUUCAUAGAACACCACAAAAUUGAUGGCGUUGACCUCGACUGGGAAUAUCCAGAAAUGAAAGGUGGAGACAAACAAAAUCAUGUCACGUUAAUCCGAGAACUGCGAGAACGGUUCAAUGGAAUGGCAUCAAGAAAUAAUAGAAAAGAUCCAUACUUGAUUACAUUAGCAUCUGCAGCCGGAGAAUGGAAUCUUCGAGAAGGAUAUGAUCUGAAAGGAAUUUUGAAUUAUGCUGACUUCAUAAAUGUGAUGACGUAUGAUUACUAUGGAGCUUGGGAAUCGAAAUGGGGUGCAUAUACAGGAACACCUGCUCCAUUGUAUUUUGGAAGUUUGAAAGGAUUUUCUGGAAAACUGAACGCCGACUUCUCAAUGAAGUUUUAUGCUUGUAAUACGAAGAAACCAAGUCAAUUAACUAUGGGAGUACCCUUCUACGGGAGAUACUGGAAGAAUGUUCUUGAACCAAUUGAUGCGUCAGAUAAUAUGUGGAGAACUGCUGCACCACAGAAUGGAAAAUACGAAGGUGGAUAUGUUGGAUGGAGAAAUCUAGAAAAAGAAGGAUGGAAUAAAGGAUCAGCUACAUGGCAUAAAAAAACUAAAACUCCAUAUAUCAUGAAUAAUGGUGCUCGAAUGUUCUUGGGAUUUGAAAAUGAAAGGAGUUUGAAAGAAAAAAUGGAUUACGCCACGAAUCGAAAUCUUGGAGGCCUCAUGAUCUGGGCACUGGAUCUUGACGACGACGCUGACACUCUUCUGAAUUUGGUAUCUUCUGCCGGGUUAUGCUCUGGAGGGAGUGGUGAUAAAAUAACAUAUAAAUGUGUUCCGAUUGAUGACGUCAGAUGGUGGACUCCUGAGAAUUCAGACGAAAACAGGCAAGGACAAUGUGGAAAAUCAGCUCCAUUGAUAAAUGGAUUCUACCCUGUUUGUGAUCCAGAUGAUCCAGGGUUUUCUUGUUGCGGAGCAGCUGGGUACUGCGGAAGCGAAGAGGAAUACUGUGAAUGUAAAGGUUGUGUGAAUUAUCGGAAAGACCCAGAUUUGAUUGUCAAGGAGCCUGUAAAACCAUCGAGAGAAAUUCAAUGGUACACACAAGAUGCUCCAGAUGGAAAGAGGGGAAGAUGCGGAAAAGAUAUUGAAAAAAUCAAUGGAAAGAUGCCAAUUUGCAAUCCCGAUGAUGAUACUAAAUAUUGCUGCUCCAAUGGUGGAUAUUGCGGGAUCGGAGACGAGUAUUGCAAGUGUGAUGGUUGUGUUAAUUACAGAACUACAAAUGGCUGAUAUACAAACAAUGAGUUAUUGCUCUGGGAAACAAAAUUUCGAAAUAUUUUGAAAAUAAAUUGUGUUAAUUA